CUGCUACAUGCAGAAAUGGGAACAGAUUGCCUCAAAGAUUAAUUACAGCUGACUCCUGUGGCUUCCUUUCUCCGUCAGAGGGACCACAGAAAGCAGGCUGUCCCAGCGCAUGACGGAGGGAUGCCGCUGUGGCUGCUGCUGCUGGUUUGUGGAGGGCCCCUGGCUCAGGUUCUGGGCUACGAGCUGGACCUACAGGAGUCCGUGACAGUCCAGGAGGGCUUGUGUGUCCACGUGCACUGCGAAUUUUCUCCCCCCUGGUUUAUCCUUGGACUCACCUCCAUGUCUUGGUUUCAGAAAGGGGCAGAUGUUUACCAUGAUCCUCCAGUGGCCACAAACAAACCAGGGCAGAAGGUGCAUGAGAGGACCCAGGGCCGGUUCUUCCUCCUUGGGGACCCCUACGGCAAGAACUGCUCCCUGUACAUCACAGAUGUCAACAUGGGGGACAGCGGGACUUACUUCUUUCAAGUGGAGACAUACUCCUAUCUAAAUAAUAUGCUCUCUCUGAAUGUGACAGCCCUGACCCACACACCUCACAUCCUUAUCCUGGGGACCUUGGAGUCCGGCCACCCUAGGAACGUGAACUGCUCUGUGCUCUGGGCCUGUGAGCAGGGCACGCCCCCCAUCUUCUCCUGGAUGUCAGCUGCCCUCACCUCUCUGGGUCCCAGGACCCACCUCUCCUCGGUGCUCACCCUCACCCCACGGCCCCAGGACCAUGGUGCCAACCUCACCUGUCAGGUGCUGUUCCCUGCAGCUGGUGUGAUGGUGGAAAGGACCGUCCAGCUCAACGUUACCUUUGCCCCACAGAACACAGCCAUCCGGAUCUUCCAAGGAAACAGAACAGAAGCUCUGGAGACUCUGAAAAACACCUCAUCCCUUGUCAUCUGGGAGGGCCAGGCUCUGCGGCUGCUCUGUGCUGCUGCGGGCAACCCCCCUGCCGAGCUGAGCUGGUUCCGGGGGUCCGCCGCCCUGAAUGCCACCCCUGUACACACGACUCACACUCUGGAGCUGCCUCAGGUCGGGGCUGAGCAUGAAGGAGUCUUCACCUGCCAAGCCCAGAACUCCCUGGGCUCCCAGCACGUCUCCCUGCAUCUCUCUGUGGUCUACCCGCCGCAGCUGCUCAGCCCCUCCUGCUCCCGGGAGGGCGAGGGCCUGCACUGCACCUGCUCCUCCCGAGCCCGGCCGGCCCCCACCCUGCGCUGGUGGCUGGGGGAGGGGCUGCUGGAGGGGAACCCCAGCAAUGCCUCUUUGACCGCCUCCUUGACCAUCACCUCCAGCUCCGCGGGGCCCUGGGCCAACAGCUCCUUAAACCUCACUGGGCCUCUGGGCUCCGACCUCAGACUCAGCUGCGAGGCCCGGAAUGAGCACGGGGCCCAGAGGGCCAUCGUCCUGGUGUUGAGGCCAGGUGAACCAGAACCCAGGGCCAGUGGGGUCCUGGGAGCAGUCGGGGGAGCUGGCAUCAUGACCUUGCUACUUCCUCUCUGCCUUUAUCUCAUCUUCAGGGUGAAGACCAUCAGGAAGAGAGCAGCCCAGCCGGUGCAAAGCAUGGAUUUGAACCCAGUCAGUGACUCAGGCUCUGGGGCGCAUCAGCACCGGGUGUGGACAGACACCCCUGCAGACCCCGCAAUCCCUGCUGGAACGAGCCCCAUUUUAAGAGAAGAACAGGAGCUCCACUAUGCUUCCCUCCGGUUUCCCAAGCUGAAGCCUCAGAAACAAGAAGACAUCAACACUGAGUACUCGGAGAUCAAGAUACACAAGUGAGGAAUUGUUUUCCUCAUAGCUCUGGAGCCUGGAAGUCUGAGAUCAACACGUCGGCAGGCCUCUCCGCUUGGCUUGUAGAUAGCCGUCUUCCCCCUGUGAACUCACCUGGUCUUCCCUCUGUGUGUCUGUGUCUCAA